AUGUUGUACGCAAAUCAGUCUCAGACCAACAUCACUGUUGGACUGCAGUAUCAGGAGCUACUGGGAACGGUGAUGUUUGCCAUUCUGACUUCAGUGCCAUGCUGUGUGUUUCUUUCUAUUAAUGGGACCAUGUUAUUCACUUUGAGGAGUAAACCUGUGUUUCGUGAGACCUCCCGUUACAUUCUUCUAUAUAACCUCCUUUUUGCAGAUACUGUACACUUGGUACAGAGUCAGUUAAUGUAUAUACUGGCUGUUUGUAGAUUAAGACUGAUUUAUCCUGUAUGUGGUUUUCUCAUCAUGCUUACAAAUCUCACAAAUGAAAUCUCUCCUCUCACACUGGUGGUGAUGUCUCUGGAGAGAUAUGUAGCUGUGUGCUACCCACUGAGGCACGCUACCAUCAUCACCAUCAGAAACACAGGGCUGGCCAUUAUGAUGGUUUGGGGGUUCAAUUCACUAAAUAUUAUUACUCGAGUUCUUUUAGGCUCAAAUGUUCCUUUUGAAAACUCAGAGAACCUGCAGAUGGAAGACUUUUGUGGCAAAGACAGUAUGUUGAUUGAUCCAAUAUCUGAUCAUUAUGACAAAGUUUUCACUUGUUUUCUGUUUGUAUCAGCUGGUGUGGCAGUCAUUUCUUCGUAUAUUGGUGUGAUUAUAGCAGCCAGGUCGGCCUCCACAGACAAAGCUUCAGCCCAUAAAGCUCGUAACACACUGCUGCUGCAUCUGGUGCAGCUGGGCCUCAGUCUCUCUUCUGCUCUCCACAACCCAUUGCUUGUAGUUGUCUCUAAAGUCGUAGACAGGAUAAUGAGUGUCCGCAUCCAGAUUGUACUUUAUGUGUGUAUUAUUAUCCUCCCCAGAUGUCUAAGUUCUUUUAUCUAUGGAAUCAGAGACCAGACCAUCAGACCUGUCCUUGUAUACCAUCUAUGCUUUCAGUGGAGACGUUCACCUUUGCUCUAA